GGUAGCACGUUCACCCGGAGCUCUGCAGCGGCGGACCAUACGGCGCACAGCGGUAACGGCCUGUUUAGUGUAACCUUGUGGAGAUAAAGCAUCGGUUCACCUCUUUAGUCUGGGAUUUAGUUCGGGAUUCAUUCUAAUAGUAUAAAGCUGUCGACAUGUCGCUCGCUGCCGAAGCCUUCGUGUCCCAGAUAGCAGCUGUUGAGCCCUGGCCGGAAAAUGCCACUUUGUACCAACCGCUGAAGGAUGAUCAGAUCCUGCUCUCGGAUUGUGCCUCAUCUCUGGCCGUUCAGACCUACCUGAGGAUGUGUGGCCUUCCAGUCCAAGUUGCUUGCAAGGCCAACGCAGAGUAUAUGUCCCCCUCUGGGAAGGUUCCAUUUGUACAUGUUGGGAACCAGGUGGUGUCUGAACUGGGACCCAUUGUCCAGUUUACUAAAGCCAAGGGCCAUUCUCUCAGUGACGGCCUUGAUGAUGUCCAGAGAGCAGAGAUGAAAGCGUACAUGGAGCUGGUCCACAACAUGCUGCUGACUGCAGAGUUGUACGUCCAGUGGUGUGAUGAUUCUACAGCUGCUGAGAUCUCUCGGCCCAGAUACAGCAGUCCGUACUCAUGGCCACUGAACCACAUCCUGGCCUACCAGAAGCAGUGGGACGUCCGCAGGAAGAUGAAGGCUAUUGGCUGGGGAGGAAAGUGCCUGGAACAGGUGUAUGAGGAUGUGAGCCAGUGUUGUCAGGCGCUGUCCCAGAGGCUGGGAACUCAGCCAUACUUCUUCAAAAACACGGCUCAGACAGAGGCGAAGAAGACGUCCGAGGUCUUCAUCACCCUCACAGAGGAGAGCGUGAGCGGGGAGCGAAGUGAGGAGGAGGCGAAGGAGCGGGAACAUGAGGCGGGAGGCGAUCCGUCUUGCUCUCACCCCAAUCCUUGA